AUUGAGGAAGAGCAGCAGCAGCAGCAGCAGCCGCCGGCUGAAUCAACCUUCAGUUUCGGCUUCAGUUUCAGCCCUUCUGCCCCCUCCUGCUGGCUCAACCUGACAACACAUGGACGGUUCUGUCUUUAACUGAGUAAUGGACAUCAGCGGACAACAUCCCACGGUGUAGCCAGGAGGAUUCGUCGAUUUGCCGGAGAGCCAUGGAGCCCGACGUGAUCCGCAUGUACUCCUCGUCUCCGCCACCGAUGGAGGACGGCGCGGAGGAAGAGGACAACGAGUUCGGGGACUUCGGCACCUUCUCCGCCGUGCCGAACAGCAUCAGCUUCACGGAGUUCGACACCCCGACCACGUUCAACCAGACCCAGGCUCUGACCGCCACGUCCCCGCCCGAGCUCCUCGUCAACAGACUCAGCCGGGGCCCGUCUAACGGCACCCGCGUCCCGAGCAACGAGCUGCCCAAGGCGAACGGCGUCGUGCCGGCGGGCCACCGGGGCGGCGGCGGCGGCGGCGCCCCCCCAGAAAGAACUGAGGUGAAAAAGGCCGUCUCCGGCUCUCGGGGUUUCUCCGUGAGCGACCCGGUCCGCUCGGAGGACUGCAACGGCGGAGCCGCAGAGGUGCUAACGAACGGGUUCGUAACCUCUGACAUUCAGGGAAGCCCGUCCUCACAGAAUUCUGUCCACUCGCACAUAAAAGGGACGUCCACCGAGGACACCGGCAGCGUCCCCGAGGACGACUUUGCAGACUUUGCUGCUUUUUGCACUGCUGAAGGACAUGUCGGCCAGACGGCAAGCGAGGACUUGGACAAUCCCACGGGGGACUGUAACAUAGGACAGGGAACGACUCCAGAGGACAAUGUCAGGGACGCAAAUAGAACUGGAUCCAACGCGUCCGACUCCGGUUCCAUGUCUGUCCCGGCUGCCGAGGCUCCGGACGGCUCGUGCAACACGGACCGGGGAUCUCGCACGGACGCCGACUCUCGACAAAGGGACGUAGCCUUCGCACAGUCGGAGGACGUGUGCACUGACAGGCCGCUAGUUCUGAACGGGGCGGACGGAGCCGGCGGGAACGACGGGGACAACGGGGACAACUCCAAAGACACGGAGGACUACAGUGAAAAAGACCUCUCGUCGCCCGAGGCGGCGGGACAGUCGGACGGGAAGGGCUCCGGUAACGAGACCGAGACAGAAACGGAGACCUCGUUGGGCCGGCCCCUGUCGACGGACGCUCUGGAGGAGUUCGGCGACAUGAGCACCACCGGGUCGGUGCCCUCGCCGCUCCCCCAGGGGGACACGGCCACGCCCGCCGACCACAGCCAGCUGGCGGAGGACGACGAGGAUGAAGACUUUGGGGACUUCGGGGAUGCCGGCUCUUUCGGCGGUCAGGGCUUCGCGGACUUCGACCGGCUGGACGUCCAGAGCCGGACGGACAGCCCCGCUCCGCCGCAGGAGGACGUCGCCAAGGAGGAAGACGACUUCGGCGACUUUGACUUCCCGAGACGUCACGCUGGGGGGGACGACGGGGGGGACGAGGGGGGGGAGUUUGCAGACUUCCCCGUCAGCGACAGUUUUGGGAAUUUCAGCUCGGCGGCUGAAGGCGCAGACGGCGAGGUGGGUGCAGGGUGGAGCGCCUUCGGGGAGCAGCAGGCGAAGGACGGCGAGUCCUGGGCGGCGUUCGGCACGGAGCAGAGCGGGGCUCCUCCGGCACGGAGCCGAGAGGAAGAGGAGCAGCAGGAGGAAGAGGAGGAGGAGGAGUGGCAUCAAAGUGAACAUCCUGCAGUCAGCGAGGAAACCAGCACGACAGACAGACAGUCGGCGUCGCUGUCGAGCCGUCUGGAGAAGCUGUUCCAGGGCAGCUUCCCCCCGACCGCCGCGCCCUCGGUGGAGGACCACGUGGCGUCUCUGAGGAUCCUGCUGGGACCCGCGGAGGAAAAACCACAGCCAGGAUCCGAGGAGGAGGCGGAGUCGUCGCCACGAAACAGGUCGGGACGUGGCGGCGGCGUGUGGACGCAGCUCCGGGACAUCCACGAGGCGCUGGGCCUCAGGUACCAGUGGGGGGGCUCCUACUGCAACAAAGCACUACUCUGCUGCCUGGGCAUCGACACCCGGAACAUCCUGUUCACGGGACAGAAGAAGCAGCCGGUCAUCGUGCCCAUGUACGCCGCCAGCCUGGGGAUGCUGGAACCGACCAAAGAGCCCGUGAAGCCCGUCUCUGCAGCAGAGAUGAUCGCUUCGAUAGCGCAGGCGCCUCCGGUGGCUCCAGAGAAAAGCUCCUGUCCCGCAGACUCAGUCCAGCAGGAGGCGCUCCCACCCGUCCAGUUCGACUGGAGCAGCAGUGGCCUUACCAACCCUCUUGAUGCGAGCGGAGGCUCGUCUCUGUUAAACCUGGAUUUCUUUGGUCCCGUGGAGGAUUCAGGCUCCAGCAGCUCCCCCUCCAUCCCAGGCGUGGACCCGGAGCUGUACGAGUUGACGACGGCCAAGCUGGAGCCGGGCAGCUCGAGCAGCCGCGUGGCCGACGCCUUCGCCCGCCUGAUGUCCACCAUGGAGAAGACCAGCACCGCGGCCAG